GGGCUGCCGAAAACCGAGGGGAAGAAGUGGAACCGCUGACCGUAGAGGGAUGACCAACCUGACGUGAUCCCACGUGUGACGGAACGCUCCUCCACCUCUAGUCAUCAUAUCGACUCGAGCCAGUCAGUAAUCCUUGUCCUUCUGUUGCGAGGUCAGAUAUGGAGGGAGACGGCAGCCAAGUCACGUCUGCAAACCCGAUCGAUCCGCAACACGACCCGGGAAAAAUGUUUAUCGGUGGGCUCAGCUGGCAAACAUCACCAGACAGCCUUAAACAUUAUUUUAAUACAUUUGGGGAAAUCAGAGAAUGUAUGGUAAUGAGAGACCCAACAACAAAACGUUCCAGGGGAUUUGGCUUCGUCACUUUUGCAGAUUCUGCCAGCGUAGAUAACGUCUUGGCACAGCCGCAUCAUGAGUUAGACUCUAAAAUGAUUGACCCAAAAGUUGCCUUUCCCAGACCUACUCAACCCAAGAUGGUAACAAGAACAAAGAAGAUUUUUGUGGGAGGAAUAUCAGCCAACACGGUAAUUGAGGAUGUGAAGCAUUACUUUGAACAAUUUGGCAAGGUAGAAGAUGCCAUGCUAAUGUUUGACAAAACAACUAGUCGACAUAGAGGUUUUGGAUUUGUAACAUUUGAAAACGAAGAUCUAGCGGAGAAAGUCUGUGACAUCCAUUAUCAUGAAAUAAAUAAUAAAAUGGUAGAAUGCAAAAAAGCCCAACCAAAAGAAGUAAUGUACCCACCUGGGACACGGGGUCGGGUCAGAGGUCUGCAGUAUACAAUGGAUGCUUUCAUGCUUGGUAUGGGUAUGCUGAGUUAUCCAAAUAUUAUAGCGACAUAUGGCAGAGGAUACUGUGGUUUUGCACCAAGUUAUAGUUACCAAUUCCCAGGCUUUCCAGCAACACCGUAUGGACCAGUGACAGCAACAGUAGUAGCAACACAUGGAUCAGGUAGGGGAAGCCGUGGAAGAGGUGGCAGCUACAUGGCAUACGGGCACAACACAGGGGCAGAUGAUGUAACAAGGCCUGGACCCUUCCCUGGUACGAUCAGCCCUGGUCAUGUCGCUGACCUCUAUGGUACUGCCACUCAGGACUCUGGUGACAGCAACUAUAUUAGUGCCACAAGCUCACAGAGAGUUUCUGGGUUUAGCCACAAUAUUACUGCAGCCAUGGAGCAGACCAGGGAAAGCAGGCGAGGAAUUGUAAACUCUUCCUGUGUGUUGGUGCAGCAUUAACCAAUCCAGCAUCAGUGUGGCCAGCGACAGCAGUGGAAUGGCAGUACAGUGGACUCCCGCUAUUCCCGAGGAAUAAGGACCAGGCCAGCUCUGCGUAAAUCUGCGUAUAAUUGACGGUCAUUUUAAAAAUUCUAGAAUAACAGUGGAUAAACCACACCCCGGUGCAUAGGUAUCCCCGGGUGCCAAACUACGAAUACACGGGUGUCCAUUGUACAGUGAAAACCACCUCAGAAAUAAAGAUGACAGUUUUACUCUGCUAUAUACUGUACCCUGAUCUCCAACUAAAUUGGGCUUCCAGGGAUGAGAAUUUUCCGCGGAUCCGCGGAUUUCCGUGUUUUUUUCCGUCGAAAGUAUCACUUUCGUGAAUCGUGUAAAUCAGUUAAGAAAAUGUUGUUUAUAUAUGGGGAUGGGGGGGUGUAGGGAAGCAGCCGGCCAGCUGGCCGGGCAACGUUAGCCUCGGUGACUCGCGAGUAUUCGCCCGCCGUGACGGCAUCUUACGGAAAUCAGCUUCCCUCUGUAAACCUAACUAACUGGCAGCAGUGCUGCGACAACAUCCGCCUUAUUUUCUGCAGCAUUUUGGCACUACUUUCCUCACAUCAUUUCCACUUGUUAACUUAAUUUACACGGAGAACUAAGUGUUUUUACACCGCCACAAUGUGAAUUUGCGAUUGGGUUUUCAUCACUUGUAGAUGAGGUAUUUAGUUAGAUAGAUCUAGGGAUAUGUACAUAUAUA